UAGCUGGUUAAGCUGCUGUGCCUGCUGGGCCAACUGCUGAGACUGGAGCGCCACGAUAGGUGCAAGAUCCGAGUUAUCUGGCAGCGAAACCCCAGUUGUAUCCAUGGCCGGAUCUUGCUGUUGCGCACCUGUAUGCGGGGCUGUCACGAACUGGAUGUAAAUCCUUCACCUGUGUGGCUGAUGACUCGAACCGUAUCGGGGAGCCGAGUCUAAGGUGCCGCAGGUCUUCACCAGAGCCUGCAGCAAAGCAAGAUGGAUUUGCAGCGGCAGGCGACACCCAGGUCGCUACCCCCCACACAGCACUACCACACAGGAGGCAAGCUGUGCCUAUGUGAUCAUUAUUAUGGCUCUAUUUUGGUGCACAGAAGCUCUCCCAUUGGCUGUUACUGCCCUCUUCCCAGUGGUGCUGUUUCCAAUGAUGGGUAUUAUGAACUCAACGGCGGUCUGCAGUCAAUAUCUGAAGGAUACUAACAUGUUAUUUAUCGGAGGGUUACUAGUGGCCAUCUCAGUUGAAAAAUGGAAUUUGCACAAGAGGAUAGCAUUGAGGGUAUUGCUGAUUGUAGGAGUCAAACCUGCUCUGUUGCUUCUGGGAUUUAUGCUUGUAACAGCUUUCUUAUCUAUGUGGAUCAGUAAUACCGCCACAACAGCCAUGAUGAUACCAAUAGCUCAGGCUGUGCUUGAGCAACUUUAUAAUUCUGAGGAAAAAUUAGACCAGCUUGCUGCUGAUCUAGAAGAGAAGAGUGAGGGCCAGCUGAAUGGGCAUGCCAACCAGCUAAAUGGGGAUGUAAAAACAGCCUCUAACAAUGAGCAAAAUGGGGACAUCAAUCAAGCCUUUGAAAUGAAUGAAAAACACUUGACAGAUGCAGAGGCAACACACAAGGAGAAAAGCGUGACAUUAGUUAAAAUUUAUCCACAAAAUGACAAACUUAAAGAGGAGAAGCAGGCUCGAAGGUUACAGAAUCACCUCAAACUGUGCAAAGGAAUGAGUCUCUGUGUAUGCUAUUCUGCCAGCAUUGGUGGCAUUGCAACACUAACUGGCACCACACCCAACCUUGUCAUGAAAGGACAAAUGGAUGAACUAUUCCCUGGAAACAACAAUGUCAUCAAUUUUGCUUCAUGGUUUGGAUUUGCCUUCCCUACAAUGAUUGUGCUACUUGCUCUUUCCUGGAUAUGGCUGCAGAUUCUGUUCCUGGGAACUAAAUUCAAGAAGAACUUUGGCUGUGGUGUAAGUCCUGAACAAAAAGAAAAAGAGAAAAGAGCAUACAAAGUCAUUUCUUCUGAGCACAAGAACCUUGGACCUAUGAGCUUUGCAGAAAUCUGUGUUUUGGUUCUGUUUAUCUUGCUGGUUAUUCUGUGGUUUUCGAGGGAUCCAGGUUUCAUGCCAGGCUGGGCAACAAUCAGCUUUAACAAAGGCAAAAAAGAAUAUGUCACUGAUGCAACCGUUGCUGUCUUUGUAUCUCUCAUGCUGUUUCUAUUUCCGGCUGAAUUACCUUCAUGUAAGCGUCAGGAACCCCAGCAAGCAGAUCAGAAAGCUAAAUUUCGCCCACCCCCAGCAUUGUUGGACUGGAAGACUGUAAACCAGAAAAUGCCUUGGAACAUUGUUAUUCUUUUGGGAGGAGGAUUCGCCCUGGCUAAAGGCAGUGAGGAAUCUGGAUUAUCCAUUUGGCUAGGAGAGAAAUUGACACCACUGCAGAGUAUACCUCCUGUCGCCAUUGCUCUGGUCUUGUGCUUGCUGGUCGCCACAUUUACUGAAUGUACCAGUAAUGUGGCCACAACAACACUUUUCCUACCUAUCCUGGCAUCCAUGGCAAAAGCAAUACAUCUAAACCCAUUAUACAUAAUGCUUCCAUGCACUCUAUCUUCCUCAUUGGCAUUCAUGUUACCUGUUGCCACACCUCCUAAUGCUAUCGCGUUUUCAUAUGGGCAGCUCAAGGUUGUUGAUAUGGCAAAAUCAGGAUUUUUGCUGAACAUCAUAGGAGUUCUGGUUAUUACUUUGGCCAUUAACAGUUGGGGAUUUUAUAUGUUUGACCUGGGUACUUUUCCUACUUGGGCAAACUCCACAGAAAAGCCAUAAGAGAUUUCCACUUGGAAAGAACACGUCACAGAAGUGCAGAAAUGGACGCCUGCCUAGGGUCCCAUUGAUUCCUCAAGGAUCCUGCUAUAUUGUGUAAUACCAUUUCAUCAGGACUGCUCAGGAUCCUGGACUCUGAAUGGAAAGACACCCAAAAAGGGGCACAGAACAUUCCAGUUUAUUGCCAACUACUGUUUCUAACAAUGAGUUAGAAAAAGUCAAAUGACUUCCUCUAAAGAACGGCAAAUGAAUAUUUCCUAAUCACUUACUUCCUGCAAGUAUUCAAAAAAAUAAAGAAACACAUUGCAGGUGUAGACGAUGCCAGCAGUGGAAGAAACCUUAUCUUGUAGCAGAUUGUUACUAUGAAACACAUUGUUUAUUAC